AUGGACCUGGGGGGAACCUCUCAGCCUGUCGCAAGGGACUAUGGUGCAAUUGAUAAUGAGGAAGUGGCGCUACUACCUGGUGCUGUCGAUGAGCUCAAGCAAGGCAACAGAGAAUGGCAGCAAGACAACAUUCUCAAGUUGGAAGCGACCUAUUGGAAUCUCAUCAAGAACAACCGAGCCUACAGGCUCUACCAAAUCAGCUAUACCGCCACCCUCAUUGGAGAGUGGCUCACCUAUAUUGCUUGCAUCUCGCUCAUUGAACAGAUUCAAAGAGAGUCGUCGUCGCCAAUAGCAGUAGAAGAAAAUGGUACGGGCCAAUCCAGAACGGCCGUCAGUAUCUUCAUCGUUUGUACGGUCUUGCCGACAGUACUGGUCGCUCCAUUUGCCGGUGCGUGGGCAGACACUCAAGAUCGUCGACAAGCCAUGAUCUUUCUUAACUUGGUUGGCGCCAUCAUCCCAUCAUUCUACCUCUUGGCCAUGCAACUACAAUCCCUCUGGAUCCUAUACGUGACAACAUUUCUCAAGUAUACCGUGGCAGGAUUGCACGAACCCAACAUGUGGGCCAUGUUGCCACUGCUCGCCACAAACGAAGAUUUCUUGCAAAAGGCAACCACCCUCACAGAAUUAACCUGGUCGGUCGUGUACACUCUUUCCUCGGCGGCGGGAGGACUGGUCGUGGGAUGGUUUGGGUUUCGUACAUGUUUCCUUGUGGAUAGCACGUCAUACCUUUUCAGUGCUUUUCUUCUAUCGCGCAUUGGAGGCAACUGGAAGGCUUCGUCGGAGGGAGAGCCCCAGAAAGACAAUGAAUCUCCUUGGUGCACGGUCCAACGAAUGACGAUGGAAGGCAUUGCAUUCUUACAAUCCAAUCCCUGUGGAGCCUUUGUGAUGAUGAAAACAUCUGGGGCCAUCAUCUACGGGGCAUGUGAUGUUCUGGCAGUGGCUUUCAGCGAGGCUGACUAUGGCAACGGAAACGACACCAGAAGUGCCAGUGACAAUGCCGCACGGCUGGGGUAUCUGCUUGCUAGCGCUGGAGUGGGGUGCAUUGUGGGACCUCUGAUCUCGGAUCACUGCACUCGCAUGGACAUUCCCGCAUCCCACCAAAAGGCUUGCAUAUUGGGAAUGGGCGUGGCAGCGUUCAGCUGCAUCGCCAUGAGUGUCCCAUCCUUGUCUUAUUCCAUGGUCUGCUUGUGCACGGCAAUCCGGUCUGCGGGGGACAACAUUACUGCCAUUGACACUUCGCUGUUAGUCCAGAAAUAUUCUCCUCCAGGCAUGCUCGGACGUGUCACGUCUGUGCAAACGGCACUAGUGUACCUGUCGGAGGGACUCAUGGCAUGCAUUUGUGGGAUUCUCAUGGAUCGAUUCAAGCUCGAUGCUCACGAGGCGGCUUUGGUCACAGGGAUUCUCGGUGUUGCCAUAUUUGUGGCUUGGAUUGUAUUUCACAUUCUUGGAGGAGGUGCAAACAGGCCUAUUCAGGAAUUCCCCACUGGGCUUCAAGAGAAGACUGGCCUGUUGUCGGCGUCAGAUUCAUCUGUCGCAAAUUGCCAGCCGUGUUAG